UAAUAAAACAUUCAGCACCCCUAUUUUAUAUACUUUACAUUCCCACCGUUUUUCUUCCUGGAGAUCAUCGAUCCUUCCCCGUACAAGCCCUCCGAGAAUUCCUAAUAGGAACCUCAAUCACGUAUGAUUGCGUUAAAAGAGUUGAAGAGGGAGAGAGAGAGAGGGGGUGAGAGAGAGAGAAAAGGGGAGAGACACACAGAGAGAGAGAGAGAGAGAGGAGGCUGACCAAGACAGUCCACUCUCACACCGACAGCAUUCAGGACGCACUGAGAAGAAUGCUCCAGCUCUACUUCCAUCAUUUGUGCGCUGCAACAACAAAAAAAACAACGUUUUCGCCUCAACUAAUUGUUACUUUUCAAGACGAGCAUCCCUCCCUGCAGGCUUGAAUUACAUCUCUGCAGCAUCCUUGCAGAGUAGAGCCUCUGCUGCUGAUCUCCCGGCUGCAUUCUCGAAGGUGCACAUCGACAAGAACCUGGAGAGACUGCAUGAGCUCACACAUAUAUACCUGGGCUCCUGGCUGCACCGAGAGGUCUCAUUCAUGUUUCUGCAUGGAGUAAUGAAUUAGGGAAGGGGUGGGGGGGGGAGUUGAUUUGACCAGGCUCGUGCACGGAUUUAGGUUGAUGUGCAUGAUUAAAAGGCGUCAGGAAGCCAGAGAGAAGAGGCUGCAGAUGAGGAUUACCAAGUGAGACGCGGCGCUGGAAUUCACCUGGAAUACCUGAAAGCUCUCCAAAUGACACGCAGCUGCACCAACUCACCACCAACACUGUUGCGUGCAUGUCUUCACGGCUGACAUGUCAUGUUGGCCCCUCUGUGUGGCCUAUAGCUUUUGCACAUUUCAUGUUUUAUAUCAGUGUUGAGUCGAAGCCAUCACUGAGUGCCAGAAAACUCGCCAGCAGCUGAUUUAUACACGCUAAAACAGAGAAGAGGAGAGGAUGCUGCCUGACGCGUAAAGAUGCCUCGGAGGAUUUUCUGAUCAGGAUGACAUUUGGUGGACUCGUGGUGGACGUUGAAACACAGAAUCAACUCUCUUGGUUAUUUUUAUUUUUUUGCUGCACCAAAAAGAUCCGAGCUCUGCAGAACUAGACUCUAGUUUUUUUUUUUUUUUUUUUUUAAUUUAUAAGACUCUGGUUCGGGGAGAUGGCUGCGAUCGCCAGCUCCCUGAUCCGGCAGAGACGCCAGGCGAGGGAGUCAAACAGCGACCGGGUGUCCACCUCCAAACGGCGGCCGAGCCCCAGCAAAGACCCGCGCUCUCUCUGCGAGAGGCAUUUCUUAGGGGUCUUCAGCAAAGUGCGUUUCUGCAGCGGCAAGAAAAGACCCGUUCGGAGGCGACCAGAUGCACCCUCGAAACCUCCACAGGUGUCCCAUAAGGGCUGCAGGCUAGAGCCGCAGCUGAAAGGCAUCGUGACACGACUGUUCAGCCAGCAGGGCUUCUACCUGCAGAUGAAGCCGGAUGGUUCCAUCGACGGCAGCAAGGACGAGAACAGCGACCACACCCUGUUUAAUCUUAUUCCUGUGGGUCUGAGAGUGGUGGCCAUCCAGGGAUUGAAGAGCGGCUUGUACAUCGCCAUGAAUGGCGAAGGCAUGCUCUACAGCUCGGAGAUGUUUACGCCGGAGUGCAAGUUCAAGGAGUCUGUUUUCGAGAACUACUAUGUGAUCUACUCGUCCACUGUGUACCGGCAGCAGGAGUCAGGCCGGGCCUGGUUCCUCGGCCUCACCAAGGAGGGACAAGUCAUGAAGGGAAACCGGGUCAAGAAGACUAAGCCCUCGUCACACUUUGUGCCCAGGCCCAUCGAAGUUUGUAUGUACAGGGAGCCGUCAAUGCAUGAGAUAGAGGAGAAGCACCGCUCCAGGAAGAGCUCAGGGACUCCCACCAUGAACGGAGGGAAAGCUGUCAAUCAGGACUCCACAUAGCAGCGGGGGGAGGGGCUUCCAGCAGGGGGGAGUGGCCUCAUCCUGACUCAGGGGGAGGGGCCAUAGGAAAACUCACCGCCCCCCCCUCAAAAAAUACGCACCACCAUCCCCUCUGAAAAAAAAAAAAAAGGGUGUUGCGAAGACGAGGAGCUAUUACCGUACACCCAAGACGACAAAAACAAAACUGAACUCUUGCCUGUGAAAACCUUUUAAAUGAAUUAAUAUGAAACCAGAGGAUAUAUAUAUAUGAAGAAAAAAAACAUUUUCAAUCAGGACUUGACCAACAUUUUAUGCAAAAAAAAGAGAAAAAGCUGUGAUAAACAAACAAAGGAAUGAUGGUCUCUCUUCACACAAAUACAAAUAUCUAUCAUUUCCAAUUUAUGCUGUGAAAAACAAGCUUUAAUACAUGUUCGAUUUUCAUACAUUGGUUUCUUUUUCUAAAUGCUAUGGCACUCUCGUGUGCUCUAUUGUGUUAUUGUUGUAAGUAAUAACUAUAACAUCAUCAUCAUUACUAAUCUGUUGUAUCUUAUCAUCCCAGUUACUAUCAUGGUUAUUCUGGCUUUUUGUUUUUUUGAGACUAGAUAUGUUUUUUUUCCAAUUACUCUUAUAUUUUCUCUCUCAUAAUUUGAUCUUGAAUACACUACCUGCUCUGGUGUGAGGGUAAGACUGAAUGUAUCUGAUAGUUCUCUGUGUUGGACUCCAAUGGAAACAGAGUGCUUAUAGGGUGGGAUGUAAUUUACUCAGGUGUGUACUGUGAAGUGUGACUAAUAGGACAGAUAGGGCUGUUUCAAGUACUCUAACGUGAACUCCCCUAUAUUGUUCUGCAAUGACGGGACAAGACUGAUUCAUGCAAUAUAAUAGAGAGCAGUCUAGUAUGUCUCUAAAUAAUAGUAAUAACAAGCUGACAACACAUCCCUGUGGUUGGUGUGUUUGUCAGCAGAGAAGACUGACAAAGAAAGUUGUGCAAGUAGGUAAAAGUCUGAGUUUUGAUAUUGCUUCAAUAUACUCUUUAACAUUUACAAGGAUUAUUAGGUUUUAAGUAAAGAGAUGUCCAAACUGUUAAAGAAAAGUAUUCUCUCCAAAUGCCACGAGGAACAUAACGACCAGCAUCAUCAGCACUAUGAGCCAUGGCCAAAAAAAACGGUCACUUCACACCUACACCUCAAGAAAACACAGACCCCUUUCUCUGCUGUUAGCUCGGCUACAAAUAUAACCAUAUAACAGUAUUCAUGCCUUUGAAAUAUAUGGACGACAUUUUUUUCUAAUCAAGAGAAAGUUGUUUUGGCAGGCCCGGCAGUGAGGAUAUGUGUUGACUAGUUUUCAAGACUAUUUCUGUUACUUUUAUUGUGAAAGUAUUAGUGAUUUCUCAACACUGGUGGACAGGGUGACUGUUUAACAAUCCCCUGACCUGACUUGUAAUAUAAAGUCACAAUCAUUAAGACUUUCCCACCACAAUGGAAGCAGAGUGUCUCAUUGAGGAACCAGUUCGUCUGGAUUUAGCCAGGUUCGGGGAGGAUGUCGCCAGUUGUUUUCUCUGACAUGGUAACCCGUACAGUCUCCAUCCCCCGCCUGGUUUUGUGACCCAUGAAAUGAGCCAUUUGCUGCGUUGUGGUGGAAAGCCUCUCUUUCAUAAAUCAACAUACUGACAGGGCUGUAUAAACAAGGUGAAUUGACUGGUACACCGCGUACGCCGUGUACACUGCAUAGCUCAUUCCCAUUUAGUUUGUCUAACUCAGGAAGUCCUACAAAUGUUCCACGAAUGGGGCCAGACAUAAAGGCUGGCCGCUCGUUGUCCAGCACCCGUUGCACAAAGCCUGGCCACCGGUGAGGUGUUUAAAGGAGGUUGGGACGGUAUUUUUAUCAUUAAAAAAAGGUGGUGUACAGCUAAGCUUAGCCAGGUUAGGAAGGUAGAAAAGUGGAUUACAGGAGCCGAGAAAAAGCAUGAACAUCGCAUGACUGUAAGAGGUGAUGUAAGCUUGGUUCGAUUUCAAGGCGAGAGCUAGUAAAAGAUUGUUUCAAGUUUGGGGGAAUCGGUCCAAAACUUUUUUAUGCAACGUUUUGAUCAGUAUUUUUAGCGAGAGUUUAUACAUCUCUCCUUUAUCUGGUUGGAAAUCAUAUGCUAAGUUGGUGGUAUGUACAGUAAAUAGCACACAUUCAGUUGCACAGAGCAAACCGCAGUGAAAUAUGAUCAUGGAUCUGGUGCAGAGAGCUAACGGUAGAUUAGUUCAACUUCCACAGCAUAACAGAGAUACAGUAUAUUAGACAUGACACUGGAAGUCAACAGGCAAGACCAGCAUAUAGAAGUAUCUUUUUAUAGAGGUUUAUAUUGGUGCAAAUGAGAUACAUGUGGACUUAAAGCAAUGCAUGAAAUUGGAUGUACUCGAUGUCAACGGUUGACAGCAGAAAGAGAGGAUUUGAGAAAGGGAUGAAUAAAGCGAGGCGGUAAAAAUAGCUGAUGUGAGAAGGCGGUAAAGGAGAGCACUUUUCGGGGGGUUUAUUGAUGUGUGAAAGGGUGACCAAAGGCUUUGGUUGUGUGUGAUAUUAAGUAUAAUUUAUUAUUUUUAUGUUUGCAGAUGAUUUCACUGCAUUGGAACACGCUCAUAUUAUGCAUUAUGAAUUGUGAGAUGAAAUAAAAAAUAUGCAUUGAUAAUAAAAAUCAGAAUGAAGUUAGUGAUUGUUUAAGAAUAAAGACUAUGUUAUCAAAAACGUU